AUGAGUAAUAUUUCAAAAGUAUCAUAUCUUUUAGGCAAAUUUAAAGGUUCUGGUAAGGGUGAAUAUCCAACCAUUACACCAUUCACAUAUACAGAAGAGAUUGAAUUCUCAAACAAUGGUAAACCAUUUAUUUUUUAUCAACAAAAAACAUGGAAUGUAAAUGGUCAACCUUUACACUCAGAGAGUGGAUAUAUGAGAUUUCCACCAAAUGGAAAGGUUGAAUUGGUAAUUUCAGAACCAACUGGUAUCAAUGAGAUAUAUGAUGGAGAAAUUACAGGUGAAAAUAAUGAAAUCCUUACAUUUAAAUUAACAAAUAUUCAAAGAACACCAACUGCUAAACCACCACAUACUACAAAUGUUAUUAGAAAAUUUACAUUUGAUCAAAGUGCCAACACUCUUUCAUAUACAAUGGAUAUGGCCACUACAACAACCACUGAUUUAACUCAUCAUUUAAGUGCAACUUUACAAAAACAAUUAUAA